UAUACAGAAUAAACAGUACACGUGUAAAUAUAAAUUUAUACAGCUAGGGACAGGACGUGUUUAUGUACGCACUUGUUCCCACUGCCCACAGAAAACGAAGUGACCCCGCACUCUUUCUGAAAGCAGAACUAGAACUUAGAAAGACAUUUCUUUAAGAAUGGAUGAAUCCAAGGAUCUUGAGGAUAAGUUCCGUGAAGCAGCAAGCAUAGGCGAUCAGGAUAUGCUGGAAAAACUGCUUCAACUUGGAGUCAAUGUGAAUGCACAACAUCGAAUAAAUGGAUGGACAGCUCUACACUGGGCCAGCAAGCGAGGCCAUCCCACCAUAGUGAGAUAUCUACUGACCCAUGGAGCUGACCGCUCACUGACCAAUGGGAAAGGAGAGAUCGCUGCCCAGCUCACGGACAAAGAAGAACUCCACUCCUUAUUGGGAGGCACACCAGAGACACUUUCUAAUUCUUCAUUACCUAUCACACCAAACUACAUCAAGCACCCACCUUUUCCCUACCUUUCCAAGACAAAUGGAACAGCCAAAAGCCCAUUGGCUGACAUGAAUCAUGACCAACCAAUCACAAGCAGGUUAUCUCAAGACUCAUCGGAAGAACUGGUGCUGAAAGUCAGGGUGGCCAACUCGGCUGAGACUGACUUCAUCGAAAUUGAGAUCGACCGCAACGAACGUACAUUCUCCAAUCUCGUCUUAACCUGCUGUCGAGAACUCAACUGCGAGCCAGCGACGGUGGUCAAGGUUCGGAAACUGCCGAACACUGCCCUCCGCAAAGACAAAGACGUCUGGAGACUGACAGAUUUCCAGGAGCUGGAACUGGUGCUGCAGAAGUUCUCCGGUGGAACACGACUCCAAAAUGCCUUCCAAGAAUUAAUUUACUAGACUGUGUCUGUGUGUUGGUCUGCUCUAUUUUUUUUUACAUUACCACCAAGCCAAUUUUAAAACUUUUACUCUGAUUUCCCAGGCUUUGUAGGAUUUGAAUAGAUUCAGGACUGUAAAAAUCAGUUUCUUUCACUUUACAUGGGAUGUGAAGCCCUAGUUCGGUUUUAAGAGUUCAAGUGAGGGUAAAUUAAUAUAGCUCUAUGGUUUGGACUGGAAGCCAAUCAGUCUUGUAGAUAUUGAAUUAGGGUCGUUUAGAGGUGGAAAGGCAAGAAACGACAUCAACUUGAGUCCCCCAAAUCAUAGUGCUUAUCAUAUUAUUUUGUCUUAUGAAUGUUUUGCUGCCACGUAGCACAGGUCAUGUCAGCAUUGACGAAAAACAAUUGUAAAACUAUUUUUUCCUAUGAAAGCCUACAACGCAAGCAAUAAUAUGGAGUGGACUCUUCGACUUUUGUGAAGAGUUCUCACAUUAAAAAUUUACUUAUUUAGAAAUGUCAACUCAAUAAUUAAAUGCUAUUAAUAUAACAGUAAACAUCUCAGAGUUUAAAUAGUUGGUUUUACCGUCAUUAGCUUGAUCUACAUGUAUGUUCAUUAUGUCACCGUUAUGUGGUCUUCACCAAACUUUGGACUGAUCUAUACAUCGAUGGAAAAUGCCUCAAACUGAUGCCAGAAUGCUACAUUCAAUGACAUAUUUAUAAACAUAGAUAUGGGCUGUAUGUGCGAGUACCCCCAUUACAUUGUAUUGGUGAAAAUGAAUCACACUGCUUUCAAUGAAGGACACUUUGCUUGUUUGCAGUUGUUCUUAAAUGUGUGGUAAUAAGGUGUGGAAACAUACUGUCAAUUCUAGACUGGUUCUUGCCUCCUGUGGAAGUUUUAAAUGAAAUGGAGAAAGUGGGAUCCAGACUUCACUGCUCUCAUUGUAAGGCAAACAAUCACAACAAUCUUAAGUUUGCAUACUGACUCUAUGAUAAUACCACCGAGCGCAUAUACAUGUAUUAUGUACCGGUAGUCUUAAUGUAGUAUGGCUGGCAUAUGAAGUUUGAAAUGGCAUUAUACAGCAGUGUAAUUGCUUUAUAAUGUAAUUAUUGUUCAUUAUUUGACAGAAUGGAUUAUGAAAACUACACCAAUUAAACAAAUAUAUUGGAUAGAUUUGCAUGCAGUAAUAUGCGUUAUAUAUUUUAGAUCAAGUGCUCUCUAUUAAAAAUAGAAUUACCUGUAUUGAAGUAAAAGGGGAUGGAUUCACAACUGUUUGAUUUAUUGGAUUAAAUUUUGCAGGGUCUUAAAACAUCACAGCAUUUUAUUUUUGGAAUUCAUGGUGUUUAUAGACACCUUUUUCUGAUCGUCAUGCACAACGUAAGCCAAAUAAGUGUGAUGGAAAGUAGAGAUGUGUUGGAUUUUACCUGGACUGGUUACAUUAAAUUAAUGCAUGAAAAUAUGUUUACAGAGGGCUUAUCUGUUUUAACAGACUUAAAUGCAACCAAAUCAAUGUGUGUUUUUUUGUAAGCAGUACUUGCUGCUUGACAUUACAUGUAUGGUUCGCACAACUGGUUCUUAAAUUUUGGCAUUUUCAAUUUGUUGUAUUUUCAAUUAACUUCUAUUUUUAAUAAAAUAUUUACACAGUUAUUUGUUAUAUUAGAAUUUUGCUUUGUACUCUUUGUAGAGCCCGAUGCAGAAGGUUGGUCAACAUCACUGAAAAGUUUUGGUUUAAUCUGAUUGGAAAUUUCACAAGCGAAAUUUCACUAGCGUUCAAUUUGCACAAUCUGAUUGUGCAAAAAGAAAAUUUUCGCCAGGUUUAUCACCAUAGUAAGCAUAAAUGGGACAUUUGAAGGAUUUUGAUGGAAGCUUCAUCAUUGAAGUCUAUUUAUAGCUCAAUAACUUGCAUUCAAUCCAAGUCAACUUUCAGACCUUUACCAAUUAUUUUUGCAGUGUGUUUAAAACAUCUGAAUUCAAUGGCCUCUUGACAUGGACAUUAUAAGUAGUGUUAUUGGGCUGGAACAUCUGUUGCAGAAAUCCAUUUUUUUUCUUUCUAAAAAUCGAUAAAGAUUUCUGGAUUUUUGUAAAAUGAAGUCAAUCAACUCUGCAUUUUUUUUCUCUGGAUUUUCAGAAGAGUAUUUGCUCAGAAUUUUGGAAAAUACAUAGAAGUGUAGUCAGGCUUCACUAAUUGACUGCCAUUGUUGCAGCAUUAUGAGGUUUCUGAGGAAUGUUUAAUGGUUUAGGAUUUCAUGUUAGAAAAAUCUGUGUAGUGUCCAAUCAACCCCCCCCCCCCCCCAUGCAUGUAAACAUACCAAUCUGGUGCCAUUCACAUUCACGCGACGUGGCUUUAAUAUGCAUGUAGGUUGCCAAAGAGGUCAACGUUCUUUUUCCGUGUAUCAAUGUUGUGGCUUAAUAUCAGAGCAGAACAUUUUAAGCGUGUAUUUGAUGUGGAAAGUGUAAAUGGCCAUUUUCUAAUUGACUUGCAACUUUCUUGUCUUCCUUUUGUAGACUGUAAAUACAUUUAAAAUUGGUUUUAUACUUGGCCUUGCAUUGAAGUUACUCCCUGUGUGCUUAAUAAUGUAUAGUAAGACAAACAAAAUUAUUAGAUUAUGUAUUCUUAAAUGCAAAAUAGAAAAGUAAACUGUGUUUUUUGUGUUUCAUUUCAAAAAUCAUGUUUAUAUCACAAAAAUAUUGUUAAUUUAUUUACCAAAAAAAAAGACAAUUCAUUGAUGAUUUUGACCCUCAUGUUUUUAUUCAUCCAGAUAUUCUAAUAUUACAAUAUGUAAAUUACAUUUGUAUAAUUAAUUGGUUCAGGUUUGAAACCGGUGUUUCCUGUCCAACACAAUUUUGCUUAUAAAGUAACUUUGCCUGAUAGAUUAUCGUUGACUUUCUUACAGAAAAAAAAGAGAAUUUUGAUAACUGAAAGGCCAAAAAAAAACCCAGUUCUGCUUACGGUUUCCCAACCUACCCUAUUCUGACAGCCCCUACCCUCAUUUUGGGAAAAAAUUAGGGGGAAAAAAAACACCCAAACCAUAAAUUACUACCUUUUACCCUUGACUACAUGCACAUGCCUCCAUAUGAUCGUACACAGAAAAAUAGCCCAAAAAAAAUCCCUACCUAUCUACAUUGUAUCCCAUUUUCAAAUGCCAUGUAAUCGGCCAUGUAAUAUAAUGCCAUGUAAUUUUCAAAUGCCAUAAUUUUCAAAUGCCAUGUAAUCGGCAGCAGAACUAUUUUUUUUGGCCAAAGAUAUAGAAAACAAAUGAAUGAAUUGACUAAUUAAAUGAUAUACAAUCGUGAA